GGGUUAGGACGUCGACCGAGAACGAGUAAAAAUAGAAUAGUUUAUGUUGAUUGAAACACACACACACACGCUCGCGUGAUGAUGGUUUCUUGAACUCGCUUGCCACAGUUAAGAACAAUAAAGUAAACUAUGAUUUCCAGUGAUUCGUAAGUGAUCCUGUAAUACAGGAGAUAUUUAAGAAAACUCCGAUAACACAAAACAUACUAAGGGAUCAAUACUUCAUACACCAGACAGAUAUCGCCAGAGGUUUUCAUGCUUGUGGGGCGAAGUACGGGGAGGGGGAACGGAGUCGUAUUUCCAAGAAAUCAAAAAAGAGAAGUCUAUUCCGCGCUCGUGGUGAAUUGAGUAGGCAAAGGAAGGAAGGAAGGGUUACAUGGAAAAAUAGGUCAAUGCGCAUGGUUACGUAUUUUUAGUGACUCAAAGCGAGGAACCGCAUCCAAAAAUAAAUGUAUGUAAGUGACGUAGUGACGAGGAAGGACCAACAGUGUGAAUGAGUGAUGUAAUCGUUAAUACCUUCCACGGUACUUCAAUGCAGCGAAGUGUGAAGUAAAACACGUUCUGAAUUGCAACUUUAAAACGACUUUCCCUUGAAGCUACUCUCAUUAAUGACGUAAUAUUAUCCUUUCUCGCGGCCCUUACACACAGCUUCGGAGUUAACGUUUCGUUUUGAAAUCAAAGUGAAUCGACAGGGAAUUUGGUGUCAAGGAAAUGUUCAAAUUUUAACGAAACAUACAAGAACAAUCUAAAAUGUAUGAGUCGUAACAAUUUUUGAAAUUCUACGAACAUUCAGUAAUUAAAUCUUAGAAGUGGAAAGAACAGAACUUUGGUUGUGUGAUUUUUAUGAAUAGUGAGGACACUCAUAACAAGUGGCUAAAGUGAUAUCACUGCUAAUUACAGAAACAAACAGCAACCAUCAUGCCUCCAGUGAGCUGAGGGAACCGGCGUAGUUCUUCCUGCAUUGGAGCGUCAGAACCCUGAGCGACACAGUUCGUCCCCUGCCUGGCAUGGCGCAAUGUUCACUAUAUGUCCAGACUGCCUUCACGUGUUCCCCAACCCCAACAGCAGCAACAACCAUCAGCAGCAGCAGCAGCAGUUCACGACACCGAUCCUCUCACCGUCUUCGGCGCCCACCGUUCCGUUCACGCCGCCAUGUUGCGAAUCGAACCGACAACAACAACAACAGCAGCAGCAGCCACUCCUGAUUUCUCUUCAGUUACCACCCUGGACAAGCGCAGUGACGACGUAUACAGUGUCGCUAUCUACGACAACCGACUGUCAGCAACAGUUGAGUACGAGUCAGCGCGUACGUGCUGGCAUGGCAGGUGGUGGAAUCGUCCAGAACUCGAACACUGUCACCCAGAAUGUGUCUGUGGUCCUGCAACAGACCACCCAGGACGAACAACUCGUUCUUCCUCCUUGGUCUCCACAACCGUCGCCAUCAACACCUGUCUCGUUUGUCCUACCAUCAGCACCGAAUGUUUUCACAACAACAACAACAGAAAGUUCCACGCUGUUACCUUUCCAAUGGACAAUGUCCACAGCCGCGGUUCCGUCAACGGUAACGACAAGCAGUAUUCACAGCCCAAGAGAGUGGACCCUCCCUUCACCGACCGCAGCGCCUUGGGUCUUUGGCCUUCAGAUGCCGCAGACACAGCAAAUUCCACAAGCCCCCCAGUCAGAUACGGACUUGGUUCGACUUGCGGCGACUGUCAGGGCUCUCCGGACGUCAGGGUGGUACUACGAAGGUCUCUCGUGGCAGGAAUCAGCUGAAGCCCUGCAGUCGACUUCACCAGGGACAUUUCUUGUAAGGGAUUCAUCCAACCCCAGGUUCCUCUUCUCGCUUAGCGUCCAAACGGAGAGGGGUCCUACUAAUGUACGGCUUCAUUACGUUUGCGGUAAAUUCCGGUUGGAUGCAGAACCAAGGUUGGCACCACUGAUGCCUUUAUUCGAAUGUGUCGUUAGUCUUACGGAGUAUUAUAUAGAAACGACGAAAGACAGAGUACGAGCUACCGGUGGCGAAGAGGAGAACUACAGAAAAGGGAAUAAGGGAAAUCAGCACAGACACAAAGAACAAGUGUGGGUGGAUGCAAGAGGACACAUGUUCUCUCACAUCCUUCUCGCGACGCCACUGUACAAGAAGCAGCAGCAUCCUUCUCUGCAGCAUCUUGCGAGGUUGUCCAUCAACAGAAGUCUGAAAGCUGUAGGAGGACCACCGAUGUUCUCAUCCAGGGACUCGCGUUCUGCCGCCUUCGCAAUAUCCCAACUACCGUUACCAACUCUACUUAAGGAUUAUCUGCAAGAGUAUCCGUACACCCACUAAGCUUCAGCGAUAUCUCGAUGACAAUCAAGUGACUAAUAAUAUAAGGGUAUGAAUGUCGAAAUGAAUACAUGUAACAAAUAGGAACAGUGAGAAUUUGCAGAGCUGCAUUGUGAAAUAAGGGCCGUGUGGUGCAGACAUUUCCGUCGAGAAUAGGAGAAACACAAGUUGCAAGUUGAAUUCGGUUUUCUUUCCUCUUGUGGCCCCGAAAUUGGGCGUAGCAGUCUCUUUCGUGGUCAUCCAGGUUUUCGUCUUCCGACGGGUCGAUGCGUGAAGGAGUUGUUUUAGGUGUCUAAUUAAUGUCUUUCAUCCUUCUGACAUGAUAUAAUUUUUCGGUUAAGGUCCGUGCCCGAGAUCUUCCAAAAUAUCUUCAUUUCUUCUAUGGUCUGAUAAACUCAUCCUGUUUAGCGUUACACGAAUUUAAUCUCUUCCUGUAUCACUUUGUUUCGAUUUACCAGAUUUAUCCACAGCCACUUAAGAAUUUAUGUCUGGGCUAAAACAGUACAGGUGGUAUUUCAACCGAGAUUGUUCUCGAACCAAAUUUGGUUUCAUGUUAUCGACCAGAACCCUCAAAAUUUACAAAAAUUGACUCACUUUAUGAUAUAAAAUUUUA